CGAGACCCAACAGUCACGAUCAUUUCUUUGCCCAAGUCAGAAACAGCUUUUGCUUCAGCUGCAACAGGUGUAUUAAGUGUGUGUUUUUAAUGCGUGUAAAAAAUUGAAAGCAACACGUGACCUGUCGAAAUAGAAUUGCUUUAGGGGAGGGUGGUACUCGCAUUUUUGUAGACGUUAUGGGUGUGUUGUAAAAGUUAUUGUGCUUCCAAAAUCAAUAUUAACUAUUAAGGUUGGAAGUUAAUUGAGGAGAAUGCCGCUGAGUGCAGUUUGUGUUAGUACUUUGAGCAGCCGACCUCGAUUCUGGUCGUCUCAUUCAAAUAUUCGUGCUAAAGAUGUGCAACAACUCACUACUAUGAACAGUGCUGAAGAACUAUCAAAAUAUAAGGAGAACAUCGAUAGUUACUAUUCUCCAACUUUAUCCAGACGCUUGUUAGGAUACGGAUAUGAUUUUCCCGAGAAAUCACCCAAGAAGGAGAAAAAAUGGUCUUUGGGGAGUUUAUUUCGAAGGAAAAAGAAAGACGAAAGUGACAGUAGCAGUGACGACGACCUGCAGAAGAAGGGUUUUUUAGGUCGAAAGAAACGAAAACCUGACAAGAAAAAAAAGCCAAAUAAACCUAUCGGAACCUUCGACCAUGUCGUACUUUCCCGUAAUUCACACCUGUACUCAAAUGGGUUUAAUGGCUACGAUGAAGCCGGCAUUUUUUCUGACCCGGGUAAUGGUUUUGGAUACGGCAGUAAAUCGUUACCAAAGACUCAAUCCCAGGAAAUUGUAAAACAGCCUGUUAAAAAUGCAACAGUUGAGGAGGUCAGCAACUCUAGGAGCACUUCGAUCUCAGGAUCAACGGAAGUUGGAAGAAAAAGCCGGAAAGGGUUGGCAAAAGUAAGGGCGGAGGCCAGAAGGGUUAAUUUGAAGCGGGACAGCAGUUCGGAUGAGGAUUCUCAAAGAUCUGUCUCUUCUACUAGGUUUAGGAGUGACGAAAGUUUGGGUCAAGGGUACCGAGAUGGCUCUUUAAGCCGCCGCUCAAGGGCGGCAAGGACAGAACGCUACUUAAAACGACAUUCUCGAGAUGGCGAGAAUCCAAAAGACUUUUUAAGACUGUCAAAAUCGGACGCCGAAAAUUCCGUACCACAGUGGAAAACGUCCGAUGAUAGUAACCGAUCGUUAAGUAGAAGCCCUUUACUACCACCUUCAUUAAACAAAACCAAAACGAUAUACUCCACCUUAUCGCAGUCACCUAACAUUUCGGGAUUAUCAACUAUCCCUCCUAGUCAUAGCAAUAGUAGGAUUAAAGUUAGCAAUUCAACGAGUAACCCGUCGUACAAGCCACCUUUGUCGAUGAACGACUAUAACUACAGUACUCGAAAACUAUCAAAUGAUUAUCUUUCUAAUCAACGUAGUUUAUCUUGUGAUGCCAACAUACAUAAAUCCCUGCCUGUGGAAGCGGAAUCGGAAAUAAUUCAUGUCCAGUUUCCUAUAGGAAAACCCAAUAACAGGUUACGGAAUCUGAGUUUAAUUGAGUCUCGGCAUGUAAAUGCCUGUCAUGCAAGACAACCACCACCUCCACCUCCGCGUGAUCCUAGAAGAUUAGUCACGGCUCAAUAUUACGACAAUGUGAGGCCCAUCACGUGCUAUUUAGACAGCCCUAUGAAAUCGAAAUCGUUCCACACGAAUUCGCAAACUCCCGCAGUGCAAACCAAAAAAUUCACUUCGUUUAAUAAAAACUGCAGAUCGACUUCGGAAGAUCACAUACCACAAAACAACGUCCAUUUGAUACCACGACCAUCGUCGGCAACUCCCGACGCUUCUCAAAGGCGCACACAAGUUAACACAAAUCUGGAAAAUUAUAAUUAUUUAACUGAUAAGAAACCGCGGAGCAGAAAACCGAUAUUUAUCCAGUCAAAUAAUAGCUUGGAUAGUGUUUCAACCGACAAGAGUGAAACUCAGAAAGCGUUAGAUUUCUGGAAACAAAAGGACAAGGAUUCCAGAAGUGUUAAAAAUAAUGUGAAAACGAAGAGAGCGAAAAGUCCACAAAUGUUCACUUGCCAGACGCAUGUUCAAACCCAGGUGUUCCUACCUAGCGUUCUUCAGAAUGAUAUUACGUCUGAGAAUAUAACCAAAUCGAUGGAUACUGAAAAAGAUGAUUCGGGGACAAACCGUUACAUGCCUGUUCUAUGCCAGGAGCCGUUGGCUAAAGAAGAGGAAAAUGAAGAUUUGAAACGCAAGUCUUCAAAUCUGGAAGAGGCUCUUGACGAGUUGGAGGCAAUUUACAACAGCUUGCGACUGGGCGAUGAGGACCUUCUGGAAAGAGCGGAGAAGCGGGAAAAGGAUGCCGCUGAGCAGAAGUUAAAGGAGGAAGGACGCGAAGUUUAUUCCAACUGGAGCACGUCGAGGGGCGCUUUGAGCGACUCUAGUUUUAGUUACGAACCUUUCGAUUCUAUAGGUUCCCCUAGACGUAAGCGUUUUGUGCGAAAAAGCCAAACUAUCGAUAGGAGAGCCGACGAUAUGGCUUUCCGAAAGUUGAAUAAAGAACGUUCAGCUACAAUCAAUGAUCCGCAAGGUGUUUUAUCCAAAAUUAGUUACCUAAACGCGUCUCCUGUUUACGGAAAAGAACCAAAGGAACAUGAAGUGCCAAAUAAAAACUCUAAGGAACCUGAUAUUACUUUAGAUGACGUGGUUUAUAGAAACGUCAAGUUUGCCAACAAUUGCCCAAAGGUUGUGGAACCUCAACCACCGUUCGGGAUACCCUUAGGGCCCAUAACACCGGCUGCGAACAGUGAUUAUCUCCACGCUGUUCCCGAUAAUAUUCCGCGACCAAUGUUUAAACCACGGAAAAUCCCUGAUUUGGUUAAGGAUGAUUUGGCUUUCCGUAACUUGAGGAAAGACCAGGGCAAGGAACCUGCCCUUCCGCCCUUAUCUCCGGACGAUCUUAAGAACAAUAACGCGUCCGAACCGAAGCUAGAUCUCGACUCGUUGAAGAAAAAACGAGCCGUGAGGUCGCUCUCCGCCAACAUUGGCAGCAUAAUCAAUAAAAAUUUCUUAUCCAAAGGAUUAGAAAAACACGGUGGUGAAAGUAACGAGUCAAAAACAUUAACAGACAUUGCGGACGCGAUGGAAAUCGCACGCCAAGUCCUUAUGGAGAAAGAAAACAAAAUUAGUGCCACCAGAAGAGCAUUUCUUAGCGACACCGACACGAACAACGGUAACGACAGCAUAACCGAAAGCCGGAUGAACUUUUUGAACAGUUUGAAGACUCCCUCGGACCACUACUUACAAGCAAAACCACCGAGAGGUGUCACCACACCCGAAUGUAAAUCACCGAGAUCGCCGAAAGAAUCAACUCCGAUUCCGGUCGAAGAAUCGAGAGAUUCGUCUCUUGACGAUUUGCUCACAGCUUUGGCCACCGAAGCUAGAGAAACGAAUGAACGCAUAGCCAAAGAACUGAAGAGUUUUGAAGACCGCAAACGGAAGAAAAGCCCUGCUGAUGAAAAUUUGAACAACUACGAGCUGACGAAAACUCUGAGUGAUAUUGAUGCGGUGUCGGAACAGGCGAAAUUGUGCGAGAAAUUGUUGGAGGGGGUUGUGGACAGUACGGAUUUGAUGGCGUCUGCAAAGCCAGUUUUGGAAGAGGUGGGGCAGAUUGAUACCGAAGCUACUCGGGAAGAAUCUGUUGCAAAUGUUGUUUUAACAAGAGACGAUUCCAAAAACAAGGAGAAAUCGCCAGUGAAGCUGUCGUGCGAGUCAGAUCAUGACUACGAGAACUUGGUGUCUGAUCAAGAGUUGAAUCUUGACGAAGCUCCGGUUGAAGAUGUGAAGUGCACGUCGCCGUUCGAAGAACACAAGGCGGAAUUGAUUGCGACUUUCCAAGAGUUGAAGAACAAUGUUAGUCUUGAUCUCGACGGCAGAAAGGAAAAUGAUACGAAUGAUAAAGAAAACGAUGAGACGGUUGCAGGUAAACAUCCGCCACGACGCUCACGUUCUCGCUUACCUCGAUGGCUACGACCUCAUUCCUCUGGAAAUUUAUCAGACCCGACAAUUAUGUCUGAGGGUCAGGACAGCAGGGCUGAACGCAUCGCCCGAUACAAGGAACAACGGAGAAAAGAGCUCGCCGCCCAAUUUAAUAAGAUACAUAUCGACUCUCCGACUAGUCAAAGACGCAACAGCAAAGACAGCAACUCCAGCAGCUCGGAGGGGCCGCGGACCACCCGGACCUCGCGCUUGAGGGCUGCAAUCUCGUCGCAAGAAAAUUGUUCUAGUCCCCAGAAGACUAAACUCGGACGUGAGAAGACUCCUCCAGUCACACCAACCAGUAAUGAAACAGGUGUCUCUGGAAGUCGACGUAUCGAACGUGACAAAAGCAGCAAACGAAAAUCUAAUCUCAAUCGCUCUUUAAACUCUGAAGAGGUCCCCAAUUUGGAAGGUGACGAUGUAAAGAACCGCCGAAGGCGUCGCCGGUUUUUCCCACAAGAAGUAUUAGACCAGACUGCAGACAGCUCGAACGAUGAUAAAGUUAAAAGUGAUACAAGUCACACUGCCUCUUUCUUAUCGCAAUCUUCUACAUCACCCAACACUGCCUCACCUCGGCUGACGCCUCGCAAGUCAGAACUAAGCAUACACAUGGAAAAUGCGCGAAAAGGCAUAGCCCCAUCAUAUUCCGAGAUGGGACGAACAAAACCAGCAGUCAAACGUCCGAUGGUCUCAUCCAGCCCGAAAGAUAAAUUUGACAACUCCAUGUCAGACAAAGAAAUCAGUAGAAGAGCAAGCCAAACUAAACUAAAUGGGGAAAAUAAAACCACGUCUUCUAGAAGUUUAUCCGAUAACGAUAGUAGCAAGAAUUACAAAAGUAUUAGUAAAAAAAUGGAGGAACUAACGGCCUUAACUAAAGAAACGCUGGCCCAGGUCGAGCGCCUGGCCAGUAAAAACGAAGAACAGCCUAAACAAAUAAAGAGGCCAUUGAGUAGUAGUCCUAAACGAAUAGACAAAGUUAGCCGAAACUUAGCUACAGACCGGCUCCACCAACCAUUUUCCAUUUUAAAAAAGAAAAUAGCCGAGGAGCCCGUCAUUGUCGAAUCCGUGCCAAAUACCGCUCCAGUAUCGAUACUAAAACGCAAAGUGUCUCAAGACGACCACAAAACCGAAGGUGCGUCUUCGACUCACACUCCCCCGGUCACUUUUUCGCCGAGUGUCAUUGAACCGGCGACGACAAACCGCAAACAAGGCAUUUUGAAAAAACGGCGAAGUCUGGACGAGUCUCAAGUCAUGCGGCAUAGGUCUUGUAGCCCCGAUGUGGCCAACAAGGCUCCAGACUCCCGCUCCAUACUCAAAAACCAGCGGAGGUCCUCUAUGGAGGAGUUGACUCGGACCCAGUCGCCUGAACAGCACCUGCACGGGAUACUUAAGCGCAAAACGUCGAAGACUGAAGACGAUGAUCAUUCGCUCAACUCCCCGCAGGGGAUUCUGAAGAGGAGGUCGGGGGCAAGCAGUGCCGGGUCCACUAGUAGCACUCCGCAUGUUUCCAUCACCACGGCUGUGAUUCUGGCUGCGGCUGGAGGCGCAGAGAUGGUGCUUGAAGGCGAGAGUGUGAAGCCCAUCCUCAAGAAGAAGAGUUUUUCGGAGGAGAGUUCCUACAAUGAUAAUUCUUAUUGCGAGACGCCUAAGCCGAUUUUGAAGAAGAAGUCGAGCACGGACACUGAUGAGUGUGAGGAGAGGCCGAAGAAGCCCAUUUUGAAGAUAUCCCGCAAUUCUUUAGAGCGUGACAGUGAGUGCAUCAAACAUGGUGUUCCUAGCGAAAGUGAGUGCGACGUUAAACCAAUACUCAAGCAAAACGGUAAAGAGGAGGGGGCGAGGCCUAGAUUGUCUUUUUGUGGCGAUACAAACGAUGAUUCAGUCAUUCAAUUUCGAAGCUCAAGAAGGUCGCAUACUAUAUGCGCCGACUUUAAUGUCAAGUCUGAUAUUAAGCACAAGGAAGAGGACAGGCAGUUGAAGAAGCCGAGGCCGUUGUCCGUUUCCGAACUUGUGAUGAAUUUUGAAAACAGUACUUCCACGGGGGCGAUCCCGAAACGGACGAGCUUGAAGAGAACCAGUGAUAGGUACAGGACCCAGCCGGUGACUUCGAACGAACUCGAAGCGAGUUUGAACUUGGUGAGGAGUCCGCAAGUAGAAGACACUUCAAAACUUCCAAAAUCAAGCCCGCUGUUGUCUCCAGUCGCCAAUCAAAGCAGGAGUUCGUUCCUGGAUUUUACGUCUUCUUUGGAGAGUGAUAGCAAUCUGAAUAGUUUCCUGUCUUCGCUUCAUAAUACUAGUCCGGACAGUGGAGUUUGUGGUAAGAUGUCUUCCGAUUCCGCUUUUCAAUCGCUCGGAGACGGGCUUGAGCUAGAUCAAGACGAGGAUAAACCUCUGGAAGUUGCCUCGAAGCCCGGCAAACUUGAAACUAAUUUGGAACUUCAAAUGAAAGCAAUAGCCGAAGAAGCGCAGCGAAAGAAGUUAGCCAAAGGCGGUGCAGGGGUUCGUUCGUAUCGCAACCGAAAAUCCUACCCAUCAGAUGCGCCUUCAUCUAGCAGAUUUUCCACUCAGCCCAUCACUUACGACGAAGUUCGUGAAGCAGCAAGAGUCAAGGAGAAUUCCGACGGUUCUGAAGACAAAGAAGAAGCCGAUCCUUCUAAUCUAAGCUUACACGAAAGGAUCAAGUUCUUUAGCGUCAAGCUGAAAGAGAACAAUUCCCAAAAACGAGACGUUCCUAAACGGCGCCCUAAUCGUUUUCAAACCCAACCUGUUACUUCAGACGAGGUCGAGAAUGCACGCUGUAUUUCCCCCACCGCAUUUGCUUUAGAAGAUGGGCGAAGUGGUGACCACACAACGAGCGAGAGACGAGGCAUUUUGAAGUCGUCUGGCAGUUUUCGCCGCGGCGAUUCGCAUCCGCGAUCCGCGCUCAAAAAACGCGAUUCGUUCGAUGGUACUUCCGACUACGAAAAUCGGUGCUCAAUUUUGAAAUCGGAUGUUGCGGAUGUGACCUACGACGAGGGGAUUUCUUGUAACGAUUCUGCGUCGGAUUCGGAAGCCGCGAGUGUUCCUUGCGGUGUUAAAACCCCCGAAAUUAAAGUCGAACAUAGCACGGCAAAGCGGCAAACUAAAGUUUUGAAAUCCAGCAGCGAGACGUCAGAUGGCGAAUCGUCGGGGGGACGCGAAAUCAGGAGCAUCUUCAAGAAUGAAAACAAGCUGAAGGUUAAGCAAAAAUUAGAAAGUGUUCUCUCCAAAAGCAAAAGCCAGAACACCUUCAGGGAUGAAAACGAAUCAUCCAACAAAAAAGGAAGUGCAAUCCGAAGAUCUCAGACUCAGUCAACGAUGCCUCGAGCUAUUGAAGAAAUCCAGGCUAAGCUGCAGCAAAGCGGCGAAUCCGGAUGGAAAAAGAGAGUGCAACAGAACAAUAACUCCAGCAAUGACUUAAAACUGCUGAACAUGAAUCGGUACAAUGAUGAACUGUCGCAACGAUCAAUUUUGGAGAUCAAGAAAGAUGAACUGGACGCAGCAUCGAAACAGUGGAAAAACCGUGUCGAAAAAUCGGACGCGGAUAAUUUCUCUGUGGCCGGAAAAAUGGAAAAAAAUCGAGAAGAAUCGAAUCUUCAAAUCAAUAUAGCUGUAGACUGUGAUAAAAGUAAGAAGACGCCGCAAGCCAAGAGGUUCAAAGGCAAGGAAGGGUCGGAAGCUUUCUCCACUCCAGUUUCCCCAGACAAGAACCGUCACGUGGAGUUAUCAAGAAGUUUUUCCGUGCCAGACCCAGACCAGGAUAAUUUUGGUUCGGAGUCGUUUUUAAGAACACCGGGUCAAAAAGUGAUAGUUUCAAGACCGGACGAUGAGACGUACAAAAGUUUUUACAAGAGCAUUGAAGGCAAAGAAAUAACAGAACAAAUAGAAGUGUCUCAGGAAGAUUUCGACCUAAUCACCCGACAGUCUCUACUAGUUCAAAAGAAAAAUGUACAAGUCCGGAGAAGACGUGGUGCUUCCAAAAACCCGAUCAAGGCUUUGGCCUCGCGCACAGACAUCACCAACGAAUACACUGAAAUAAUCACAGGCGUAGCCGAGAGAGAAAAGAAAAGACAGAACAUACAAAAACUUGCUAAAAGUUCAAGUUUUGCGACGGCCGCUUUGGCCGGGUUAGCAAGCAAAGAAGAUUUUAAAUCCGUGGCUUUGAAAAAAUCGCGGACUCCUCUCACAUCUGUUCCGUACAAAGACCUCAUGUUGUUACACGUUAAAGGCCGCCAGUUUGUCCAAACACGAUUGGUCGAGCCUGUGGCUUCGAGUAUCAACGAAGGAGAUAAUUACAUCUUGGUCACUCCUUCCACUUUGUAUAAUUACACCGGGAAGUAUUCAAAUGUGAUUGAACAGUCAAGGGCUGCCGAUAUUAUCAACCACAUCCAAAGAAGUGGCGAUCUGGGUUGUCAGGAAGCCGAAGUUGUUAACAUUAACUCUGAAAAUUGUGCGUUACCAAGUAAAAAGAUACAAGAAUUUUGGCAAAAAUUAAAGAGCGAAGCGGGCCAAACUGUUAGUGGCGGCCACCAUGAAGAAGAUGGUAUUUACGAGUCCAACAUACUCGCCACCAACAUGAUUUAUAAACUGGAGAGUAACGAACUGGUGCCUUUUGACGAAUUUUGGGGUAAAAUGCCCAAAAUCGAGAUCUUGAAACCAACCGAAGUGCUAGUGUUUGAUUUCGGAACGGAAAUGUACGUCUGGAGCGGCAAAAAUGCCCCUCCUGAUAAAAAGAAAGUGGCCUUCAAGCUGGCCAAAGAAAUGUGGGACCUUGGCUACGAUUAUUCCGAAUGUAGCGUGUGUCCCUUGAAUGUGGCUUCGGUGCUUGGCAAUCGGCCCCCAGUGGACGUCUCACGCAAAGGCACGUCCAGACCUGACUGGGCCCUCUUUGCCAAACUCACCCAACACCGGGAAACAAUUUUAUUCAAGGAGAAAUUCCUCGAUUGGCCCGAUUUCUCCCGAGUUAUCAAAGUCAAAAGCGACCAAACCGACAAAACCGUCGACGCUUCCUACAACAUCAAGCCCUGUGAUGUCGGCCAAAUGCUCAACCGUGAGAGCGAAACCCCCGACCUGGUGAUCAAAAACACGCACCUGGGGCGUGGCGACCAGUGGUUUGACGAAGAAACGAAAAGACUGUACGACUUUGAAACGUUGAAAAUAUCGGCUUGGAGGGUGUCCGAGAACCACCCCGAGCAGCUAAGCGACGAAACCAUCGGUCACUUUUCCAACAGCCACAGUUACAUCAUUAAGUGGGAUUACCAGACCACUGUGAAAGGCCGCGAUUUGAGCGGGAAGCCGUCCAGGUACCAGAAAGCGGGUCGCGACCGUUGCGUUUAUUUUUGCUGGCAAGGAUCGAACGCUUCGAUCAACGAAAAAGGGGCCGCCGCUCUUUUGACCGUUGAGCUCGACGACGAGGAGGCGCCCCAGGUGCGCGUGGUGCAAGGGGCGGAGCCCGCCGUGUUCUUGAAACUGUUUAACGGCUCCAUGGUGGUGCACGACGGCAAAGAGGAAAAUCGGCACAAGGCCAAGCUGUUUAUGGUGCGAGGUGAGCUGGAGGAUGAAGUUUGCCUGAUGGAGGUCCCGUGCGAGAUGAAGGAGUUGCGGAGCAGAACUUCGUUUAUACUCGUUUUGUGUGAGUUGGCGAAAGUUGUGGUGUGGAAUGGGGCCAAGGCGAGUAAACAAAAGCGGAAGGUGGCGAAAAUUGCCGCUGAGAAUAUUGUGGAGAAGAAGGCCGAUGAGUUCUGUUGGAGUAAUAACAAUGACUGUCAGGUGGUUGUUGUGGAGGAAGGGGAGGAGAAUGAGGAGUUUUUGGAGGGUGUUGAGGGAGGUCGUGGUGAUUAUAACGCUUUGGUGGGCAGUGAUUUGGAUUAUGACUACACCAUGAGGCUUUUUCACCUUAGUGCUCUUUCGGGGACGUUUCAAGCUGCCGAAAUUUUGUGCCCGCAUAGGAGUGAAUUUUCUAGUCCUUAUCCCUUUCUGCAAACUGAACUGUACUCAGCUAGUCAACCUGCGUUGUUCAUGAUCGACAACAAGCACGAAUUGUGGCUGUGGCAGGGCUGGUGGCCCGAGAAGGAAAGAGACGAGAUGGAACUAAGCGACCAGACGGGCUCUGGAGCCGUUCGGUGGCAAGCGGAAAGAAAAGCCGCCAUGCAAACAGCUGUCAGCUACUGGCGAGAGAGCCACAACGACGACGAACCGGUGCCUGCUUACUUAGUUUGGGCAGGACUUGAGCCGCUGGAAUUUAAGAACUUGUUCCCGUGCUGGGCGGACAGGGAAGACGUGGCUGAGUUGAAUUUGAAAGAGGGGAAAAGGGCGAAUGCGAGGCUGUCGGUGGAGGACGAGCUGGCGCUCCUUCUGCGGACGACUUACCCCUUGGCCGAGUUGCUGCAGCGGCCUUUGCCGGAAGGCGUCGAUCCGACCCAUCUGGAGGUGUAUUUGUCGGCGGAGGAUUUCCAGGAGUUGUUGUCGAUGACUAAGGAAGAGUUCCAGAAAUUGCCGGUGUGGAAACAGACCGCUAUGAAGAAGGAGAAGGGCCUUUUUUGACCUAAACUGGCUUCGUUGUUGGACAAACUAGUCUAUUUGUUUGGUGGGUGUUUCCGCACUACAUCUAUCAAUUUUAUUUGAAAACUUGAUUUUAGUGUGUUUGACAUAUCAAAAUUAUUUUAUUCGUAUCCAGUGUGAAAUAAAAGCUGAUUGCCUUUCCAAAUUAUAUUUUUAUAACUGGUAGCUUUCAUACAAAAUUGUUUUUUAUUGAUAACUCCGUGUAAUAAAACUGCCAAUUGAUAUGAUUUACCUGUACUUAAGUGAUUUGUUUUGAUGUUUUUCAAUGACAAUUUUGAGUCAAAUUUAUAGUGUCUGUGAUUAGGCUUUUGUAUUCAUAAUGAUAACCGUAAUAUAUGCUGUUAUGUAAAAUGUAUAUACAUUGAAGAGGUGCCUUGUUAUCUACGGAAUUGAGAGCACUCCUCCAUUCGUGAGUUGCCAAUAUUUUCUAGUCUUUGUGAUCUUUUGUGGCACUGCGUUAUUUUUUUUUAUUUCAAUGUUUUUUAUUCAUUGUGUAGUACCUAUUUAAUUACCCUCUACUAAUGUUGCGUUCACACAAUGUUUGUCAAUAUGAGCGAUAAUUGUACAUUCAUUUUUAAACGCUGUGUACAUUAUAACUGGCUUUUGUACUAAAAUUAAUAUACUGUGGACGUUC